AUGGAGGCGAAUGCGGCGAUCAUUGCCUUCAAGCAGCUGCAGACAGAGAAAGGAGACAUUGCAUGCGCGGCGUGGACAGCAGAGGGAGGGGUGCUGUCUAUUCGUCUCCUCGAUAGAGCCUCAGCUGAAUUGCUGCGAGAGCUGCAGGGGUGGAUAGAGACAUCUCUGCCCUCAGAGUGCGGCUUCACUGCAACAGCAGCAAGAGUCCCCGCGGGCUCUCCUUCUCUGUAUCUGCAGCUGUGGGUGGCUGAGCAGCAGCAGCUGCUGCAGCAGCACGUGCAGCAGCAGCAGCAGCAGCAACUGCAGCAGUUGCUGCUGCACCAGUGUCGCACUCAAGACGAUGACGGUACAUCAGGAGCCUCCAUAACAGCAGCAGCAGCAGCAGCAGCAGCAGCAACUACAGCAGCAGCAGCAGAAACAGCAGCAGCAGCUGCUGCUGGAGACGCAGCAGACACAAGCUUGCUGCAGCAGCAGCUAGAACUGAAGGCUCUUGCUGCUCUUCGCUCGCGGCUGCCGCUGUGGGCCCCCCUGCUGCGCUCCCUUUGCUUCCUCUCGAGAGCACUGCGGGAGGCAUUGUCUCGGAGCUGUUUGCUGGGCCUGGAUUUGCCUACGCUACCCAGGCCGUAG